CACUGUCUAUUGCGGAAAUAUAUAAAUAUUAACGCUAUACUUAAGUUUUCAUACAUACUAGACUGCCGAUAGAAUUGUUUUUAUCACAUUUUAAUUUUUUAUAUAAUUUACUAUAUAUUAACUACUCUGAACAUUUAUUUAGUGUGGUACACAGUUAUUUUUAAUCGGCAGAUAUAUCUGCAACAGUGUUUAUGUCAUAAUGUCAUGAGUUAAAAAUAUAUAAAAUACUUAAAGUUUUAUUCAAGAAAAGUGGUUAUAAACUAAGAAAAUGGAGAAAUUAUCAAUCUGUAGAAUAUGUUUAGUAGAUAAUGUGAGAACGCACGUAGUAACAAAUAGGCACCUACAAGAAAUAUAUGAGAAACUCACUAACAUUGCGUUCAUAACAAUAGAUAGAAGACCAAUCCUAGCAUGUGUGUUCUGCUACUCCAAGUUGAAACAAUGCUAUAUCUUCAUGAAGAAGUGUUUGAAAGCCGAGGAUGUGUUCCGACAGAUCUUGAGCGAGGAUUAUGAGCAGAAGCAACCAAAACACCAAGACAUAGUACUACCCAAUGGCUUAGUACAAACAGCUAUACAGUACAUGAACGUAGUAGACAGUGAACCAGUUAACAAUGAAAUUAAAGAAGAACCUGUACCUGAGAAGCAAAUGGAUGUUCAGUUGAAGAUUGAACAUAUAGAUGGCCAAGAUCAAGAAAACCUAGACAACUACCAAGAUUUAGAAGACACACAACAAUUGUUUUCUGACUCUGAUGAUGAAGUACCGUUAAUAAAGUUAAAAUCUGAAACUGUAGAACUACCAAAAGGUGUUAGAACGAAAAAAGUUAGGCGUAAUAAAGUACAAAAAUCCGACAGCACCGUAAUAUAUUUGACCAUGGAACAACAAAAGGAGGCUUUGCUCGCCCGCUCGCAAUCAUGUAACUACACGCAGGCCGCUUACAAGUGCGCCGCGUGUUAUAAAGGAUUUGUCGAUACACACGCUUAUGAAAAACAUAAGAUUAAGCAUCAUGAGAGUUCAGGCCCCCACGUGUGCGAUAUUUGUCACAUGCGCUAUCGCUCCGUGCGACUAUUACGCACGCACGCGAACAACUCGCAUGCGAGGAUAUACAAGUGUAAUAAGUGCGGGUAUCUGUCGCAUACCAGUAAUCAAGCAGUGAUUCAUGAGAAAUGGCACAACGGACAUAUGUACGAAUGUCGGUUAUGCAGUCACAAGUUCAGAAAGCCGACUUCGUAUUUAUCUCACGUGCGCAAACGACAUCCUACUGAGCAUGUCUGUGACGUGUGCGGGGAAAGCUAUGUCGGCAAACAUGGACUACAGAUGCAUAAGAUGAAAACACAUUUUAAUGGUGAAAAGAUGACACCACCAAAUGAAACCGAAGAGCCCGCUGCGAACAGAUUCUGUGCAGAAUGUAACAUACAGUUCUACAGCAUGGAUGCCUGGAAACGACAUAUAUUGAGCUCCAUUAAACAUACGCUUAAGACUGAGGAGAGCACACAAUGCUCAAUAUGUUCUUGGAGGUGCACUGGCACCAAGUCUCUGUCGACACAUAUGAAGGAACACGCGAAAGCUUUGCGCGUCUCUACAAAACCUCCCGCUAUUGUUAAAGAACGGAAUUUGAGGUGUUUACAGUGUGGCGCCAACUUCGUGACGAGAUCUAAACUACAGGCUCACGUGAACAGCAUACAUUUGGGUCUCAAAUAUAAUAAGAAUAUCGUCUGUGAAGUAUGUGGGAAGAAGUGUACGUCAAACGCAACCCUAAAGUACCACCAACGCACCCACACAGGCGAGAAACCAUACACCUGCACGACUUGCAACAAACAGUUCGCGGACAGCAACCAGCUGCGCAUACACACUCGCACUCACACAGGCGAGAGGCCUUACGUGUGUGCUGUCUGCGGCAAGCGGUUCAGCCAGAAGCCCGCGCUUAAUAGACAUUAUAGGGUACACACAGGAGUUAAACCGUAUUCCUGCCAAUACUGUUCUAGAAAUUUCAGCCAAUCAAACUCUUUGAAGCUGCACGUUAAAGCGGUACACUUAAAACAGCCCGCCAAUAGUAGACGGAAAAACAAAAUGGCGGCCCAGGAUAGUAAGACGGAGAAGAAUGAAGAGAAUGCGGCUUCUGUCGAUGCUGUUAAAGUUUUUGAGAGAUAAAUAAAGUAAUGGCGUCAUA